AUCCCCCAACUUGGCUAUUUGCAACCAUGACUGAUUGGGUGCAGAGCUUCUUCCUCUUGGUGGCCGCCAUCUUUUCCCAUGCAGAGGAGACCUGCCCAGAUGUGAAAGUCAUUGGAGUGGGGGCUUCAGACAAGCUGACCAUUCUGCGAGGAUGUCCUGGGACCCCUGGAAUACCGGGGCUACAAGGGCCCGCUGGUCCCACAGGAGCUAAAGGUGACAAAGGCGACCCAGGUGUUCCCCUUCCUGGAACUACAAAGAACUGUAAGGAAUGGUUGGACCAAGGAUCAUCCAUCACUGGUUGGUACCCUAUUUACACCCCCACUGGGCGGCGCCUCCUUGUGUUCUGUGAUAUGGAAACAGAUGGAGGGGGAUGGACAGUGUUUCAGAGACGAGCAGACGGCUCGGUGGAUUUUUAUCGAGACUGGAAUUCAUACAAGAGAGGGUUCGGGCGCAAAGAGAGUGAAUUUUGGUUGGGGAACGAUAAUCUCCAUCUCCUCACAGCAACAGGGAAUUUCCAGCUCCGGGUGGACCUGACGGAUUUCAGUGAGCAGCGCACUUACGCCGCAUACAGCAACUUCCGUAUCGCUGGGGAGGCCCAGAACUACACCCUGAGUCUGGGGGGUUUCACGGGAGGAGACGCAGGGGACUCCCUAUCCGGGCACAACGGCUACUCCUUCAGCUCCAAAGACAGAGACAAUGACGUUCACCUCACGGGCAGCUGCGCCCAAAGCUACAAAGGCGGCUGGUGGUACUCAAAGUGCCACGGGUCCAACCUGAACGGACUCUACCUGGGCGGGAAUCACACCAGCUACGCCAACGGGGUUAAUUGGAGCGCAGGAAAGGGUUACCAUUACUCCUACAAGGUGUCGGAGAUGAAGUUUCGCCCCCAGCCGUAAGGAAGGGUGGUGACUUGAUGACAAACAGCAGCCAUUGGGUGGAACCGACCCAAUAGAACUUUAUAACCAGCUGCUUCUUCACAAUUACAAAAUAAAUACCUUUUCUCAAA